AUGAUCAAGUAUAUUGUAUUUUGUGUUACUCUUGUCAUUUGUCUUGUCAAGGCUGUUGUCCUUAACCCGCAUAUCAUUGUACCUAACGAGAGCACAGUAUGGAAAGCUGGAGGAACCUUUGAUGUAAAAUGGGAUACAAUUGUCUACGGAUCCCCAAUUGCCCCAGAAGUCAAUGGUACCAUUAAGCUCGGUUACUUGGAUGGUACUGACAUCAAUGAACAUUUGUUUUGGACUCUUGCUUCGGGAUUCCCUUUGAACACUGGAUCUCAGAGUGUCGUCUUACCAACCGACCUUGUCACCAAAGCCUCGUAUAUCAUUGUUCUGAUGGGAGAUUCCGGAAAUUCCUCACCCCAAUUCACCAUCGAAGCUAAUUAA